AUGGUACCAGAGGAGCAAGCGGAGGAUCGUCAGGAAGGAGCCGGAGUAAAAAGCAGGAGGAAACGCCAAGACCAAGGGAUGAGACAGCAGGGAAGUCAAAACACGAGCAGAAGAUCAGAACACCAGGAGAAGAAUCAGACGGUUUCUGAGUUUUUCCUUUUAGGAUUUCAAGGAAACCAAUGUUUUAGAAUUUUCCUCUUCUGUUUUUUCUUUCUGAUUUAUUGUGGGACAAUAUAUGGCAACCUCCUGAUCAUCACCCUGGUGUCCACCAGCAAGAAACUUCACACUCCAAUGUACUUCUUCAUCUCACAACUGGCCAUCAGUGACAUCUUAGUGAUCACAGAUAUUGUCCCCAACCUGCUCCACAUCCUACUGAAUAAUGGAGAGACCAUUACUUUUAUUGACUGCAUCACUCAGUUGUAUUUUUUAUGCGCCCCUGAAGUAUUUGAAUGUUUUCUUCUCACUUUGAUGUCUUAUGAUAGAUAUGUGGCUAUCUGUAAUCCCCUCCGUUACUCCACCAUCAUGACAAGUCUACAUUGCGUGAUAUUGUCUAUAAUCGGUUGGUUGGUUGGAUUUUCCAUUGUUUUGAUUUACAUCAUAAAUAUUACAAAACUAAAUUUUUGUGGGACAAAUAUCAUUGACCAUUUAUUCUGUGACAUGCUCCCCUUAUUAGAACUUUCUUGUUCUGACACAUUCAUGAUCCACUUGGAGGUUUUCUUUGUAAGCAUUCCUUUUGUCUUCAUUCCAACCGCAAUCAUUGUAGUGUCUUAUAUGUGUAUUAUUUUAGCAGUCUUAAGGAUCCCAUCCAGUUCUGGUAGACAGAAAGCCUUCUCCACUUGUAGCUCCCACCUCAUUGUGGUCUCCAUCUUCUACUGGACUAUGUUCAGUGUUUAUGUUGUCCCAACAAAAGGUUUAACCCUCUCCAUGAGCAAAAUCCUAUCCCUGCUAUAUACUGUCUUUACUCCUUUGAUUAACCCCAUUAUAUACAGCCUGAGAAAUAAAGAUAUUAGGGAAGCCAUGCAAGAAAUAUCUCAUAAAUGUGUGGUCUGGUAA